ACGGGAUGAGGCGGCGACGGGAGGUGUUUCCUGAAGGAGGCUGGGCCUAGUGCGGGCGCAGAGGCCUGCCUCUUUCCUGAGCCUCGUUCCCGGGCCUGGUGCUAGUGCUGCUGGGGCUUCUCCUCCGCCUCCCGGGGGCCCGAGCCGGGCUGUGGCGGCGAGGCGAGGCCGGGGCGAGCGGUCCUCCGGGCGGGAGGGCGGCAGCAAGGCCGGCUGUUGCUGCUUCUGCCUGGGCGGCGCCAUGAAGGGCAAAGAGGAGAAGGAGAAGGAAGGCGGAGGCGCGGGGCUGGCCGGGCCCGGGCUCGGACUAGGCGGAGGCGGCGGAGGAGGAGGAGGCCUAGUGGGCGGCUUGGGCCUAGGCCCCGGCGGAGGCGGCGGGGUGGGAGGAGGCCACAGCCCCGAGAAGAGCCGCUCCGCCCAGGAGUACAAGGAGCAGGGGAACCGCCUCUUCGUGGGCCGCAAGUACCCCGAGGCCGCCGCCUGCUACGGGAGGGCCAUCAAUCGGAAUCCUUUGGUGGCCGUCUACUACACCAACCGGGCCUUAUGUUACCUGAAGAUGCAGCAACACGACAAGGCCUUGGCCGACUGCAAGCAUGCCCUGGAACUGGACAGCCAGUCGGUGAAAGCCCACUUCUUCCUGGGCCAAUGCCAGAUGGAGAUGGAGAACUACGAUGAGGCCAUCGCUAAUCUUCAAAGAGCCUACAACUUAGCCAAAGAGCAACGUUUGAACUUUGGGGACGACAUUCCAAGCGCUCUGCGGAUCGCCAAGAAGAAGCGUUGGAACAACAUUGAGGAGAAACGGAUCAACCAGGAAAACGAGUUGCAUUCCUAUCUUACCAAACUUAUCAUGGCGGAGAAAGAAAGGGAGUUAGAUGAAUGCCGACGGGCACAGGAAGAGGAGAAUGUGGAUGAAAACCGAAGUCGGGCACAGCUGGCCAACAUUGAAGCCAAACAUGAGAAAUACCUUGCAGACAUGGAUGAAUUAUUCUCCCAGGUGGAUGAGAAGCGGAAGAAACGGGACAUCCCUGACUAUUUGUGUGGGAAGAUCAGCUUUGAAUUGAUGCGAGAGCCCUGCAUCACACCCAGUGGGAUUACCUACGACCGGAAGGACAUAGAAGAGCAUCUCCAGCGCGUCGGCCACUUUGACCCAGUGACCCGAAGCCCCUUGACCCAGGACCAGCUGAUCCCCAACCUGGCCAUGAAGGAGGUGAUAGACGCGUUCAUAUCCGAAAACGGCUGGGUAGAAGAUUACUGAUGACUCUUGGAGGGGACGGAAAGAGGCCAGGUGUGCCCAGCCGCUUUGGACGGCUCUCUGAACUUGCUGGGCCAGCAGCAGCAGCACCAUGCCUUACUCUCGUAUUUAUCCGUCUGCCUGCCUGUGCCCUUUCUUUUGGCAAGCGAGGGCCGGAGAGCUCCGAGGCCUCCCAGUUUCCUUGGCUUCUUUUGUGGCUUGGUUAAGAUGGGCAGAAGGAAGGCUCGAUGCAGCGGAGAUGCCUAGGCAGGCCUUAAAGAAGUGAGGCAAAGAAGACAGUCUUUGGAACCCGUCGCGACCCAUGAAGGACAAUCCCCAAGCCGUGCUCACGUCCCUUCACUCGGCACACGUCUCCCUUCCGUAACGAUGCUGCUGAUGUCGUUGGGUCCGGCUCCUGUGGUAAGCGAAACGCCAGAGAGGCCGGAUCCGUCUCCCUCCUCCACUCCCCGACUUGGCUUUCAGCUGUCGUUUCUUGCCUGCUUUUUCUCUCUCUCUAACAAAGGUUUUAUUUUUUGUUUCCUCUUUCCAUUUAUUCCUGCCUGGGUGGAUUCUUUUUCCAUCUCUUUUUUCUUUGUAAAUAAAUAUCGGGGACUGGGAGGGGAAAUGGGCCCACCAAGAGAUAUUUUGCAGGUGUCGACUGGAAUUUGGGUUUUGUUGAGAUCAUUAACCUCCUUCCAGGUAGUUGUUUUAUCAAUUAAACCACUCAAAAGGAGCAUUUUGGGGGGUUGCUUUCAAUUAAAAUGUUUCCCCUUUAAUAACA